AUGAAGUGGGUAAAGAGAUCAGUCUUAAGGGCCGUAGCUUGGCUGGUCAUACUUGCAUUCUGCUGGGGGCAGACGGAAGCGAAUCUGCAAGGGAGUUGGAAACUCUUGUUAGAAAACGGUGGAAUAUCGUCAAUGCAUGCGGUCUUACUCCAUACUAACAGAGUUCUCAUGUUCGACCGGCUAGACCGGGGCCCGUCCAAUAUCACCCGAACCGACCCGGCCUGCACUAACGUAGCCUGGCCUCUUUCUUUCGAUUCGGAGUGCUGGGCGCACUCGGUGGAAUACGAUAUUGCGACCAAUAAAGUGAGGCCGCUGCACCUGGUCACGGACACAUGGUGCUCUUCGGGUGCAAUUCUCAGCGACGGGACUCUCCUCCAAACCGGAGGUGGUGGACUGGGUGAGAAUACUACUCGCACUUUUAAACCAUGCUCCGACCAUACCUGCGACUGGGUUGAAUCCACUACCGAGAAGCUGAGUUUCAAGAGGUGGUAUGCCUCUAACCAGAUCUUGCCUGACAAUCGGAUCGUCGUUGUGGGAGGCCGCCAGUCGUUUAGCUACGAAUUUGUCCCCAAGAAAAAGCCCCAUGAUUUCUAUGAUCUUAACUUCCUUUUGCAGACAACUACUAAUGUAAUCGAGGAGAACAAUCUGUACCCGUUUGUGCAUCUGUCUUCAGACGGCAAUCUGUUCAUCUUCGCCAAUAAUGAAUCCAUUCUGGUGGACUACAAGACAAACCAGGAGAUCAGACGUUUCCCACAAAUGCCUGGAGGGGGCGCACGGAACUACCCGAGCACAGGCUCUUCAGUCAUGUUACCGCUGGACUUCGCCGACAAUUUUGCAAGAGUUGAGAUUAUGAUCUGCGGAGGAACACCCUUGGGAAACUUCAUAAAGGCGGACCAGCAAAAGGUAUACCUCAAGGGUCUGAACAACUGCGGGAGAAUUGAGGUCACCUCUGAGAACCCAGUGUGGCAGAUGGAGAACAUGCUCGGGCCCAGAUUGAUGGCCGACAUGAUCAUUCUUCCCACGGGCGAAAUUCUCCUAAUCAACGGCGCACAACAGGGAUCUGCCGGGUGGCAAGAUGCGCGGGUGCCCAGGCUCAACCCGUGGCUCUACAGACCGGCACAGCCCGAGGGUAACAGAUUUACUGUCCUGGCUCCCUCAAGCAUUCCUCGAAUGUACCAUUCUACUGCAAAUCUUCUUCCCGACGGACGGAUCCUCGUGGCCGGAAGCAACCCAAAUGAUUAUUAUAACUUCACCGACGACGUAUAUUCCAAAACCGAGCUGCGCGUGGAGGCCUACAGUCCUUAUUACCUGGACCAGCAAUACGAUCUGGUUCGACCCAGUAUUCAGUUCGUUGGACAGUUCGAAGCGAUCCCUUACGCAUCCAUAUUCAAAGUUCAGUUCACAGUCGGUGGCACUCUAAGCCAGGACCUUCGUUUUCACGCCUACGCCCCUCCCUUCAAUACCCACAGUGUUUCCAUGAGCCAGAGAAUGCUGUCGCUCGCUGCCACACCGGUUGCAAAAGAAAAUGGACUUUACUCCGUGUUCUUGAUGGCUCCGCCGACCCCGGUGGCUGCUCCUUCUGGGUAUUAUCUGCUUUAUGUUGUCAAUGGAGGUAUUCCUAGCCAGGGGCAUUGGAUUCGCUUCGUGUAA